UCCGACCAUGGUUACCACCUCCACCUUUCGCCUCUUGCAUGCCGUCAUUCAUUUUCCAAAACACCAUAAAAAGGGACUGACGCCUACUUUUCUUUAGCAUAAGCACCAUCUAUUCCAUUCCCUCCGAACCACAGCCCACACAACACAAUGACGACCAAGCUACCGUUCACACUCAACGACCCGACGCUCUUACACGACAAGUCGUACGUUGGCGGCAACUGGGUCGACGCCAAAUCUGGCAAACGAUUCGAUGUCAUUGACCCCGGAAACGAUACAAUUUGGGCCUCGUGCCCGGACAAUGCCGCGGAAGACGUCGAUGCGGCUGUCAAGGCGGCCGACGACACCUUCCAGACAUAUCGCAAGAUGAACCCCCGCAAGCGAGCACAGCUCCUCAUGGUAUGGCACAAUCUGAUUACGGCCAACCGCGACGACAUUGCCAAGCUGGUCACAUAUGAGACGGGAAAGCCUCUGGCUGAAGCGCAGGGCGAGCUGGAAUACUCGCUUGGAUUCACAUGGUGGUUUGCAGGCGAGGCCGAGCGCAUCCAGGGCUCCGUGAGCGUCCCUGCUGCGCCGAACCGUCGUGUCAUGGUUGUCAAGCAGCCCAUUGGUGUGGCUGUCGCUCUGGUUCCAUGGAACUUCCCCAUUGCCAUGAUUUUGCGCAAGGCUGGUGCGGCUCUCGCAGCGGGAUGUACCAUGGUGAUUAAGCCGUCGCCCGAAACCCCGCUGACUGUGUUGGCGCUAGCAGAUCUUGCUGAUCGAGCUGGCUUCCCUAAGGGUGUACUCAACGUCUUGACUACAUCACUAGACAACACGCCUAGCCUGUCUGAGGCGCUGUGCUUGCAUCCAAAUGUGCACAAGGUGACCUUUACUGGUAGCACGCGCGUCGGCAAGAUUGUUGCAGGCAUUUGCGCAAAGAACCUCAAGAAGUGCACUCUAGAGCUAGGUGGAAACUGUCCAUUUAUCGUGUUUGACGAUGCGAACCUCGAGCAGGCUGUCGACCAGUUUAUGCUGCUAAAGUGGCGCCACGCUGGCCAGGCUUGCAUCACUGCCAACAGAUUGUAUGUCCAGUCCGGUGUGUACCAAAAGUUUACCGAUAUGAUUGUGGCCAAGACCAAGGGCCUUGUUAUCGGCCAUGGUGCUAAAGAGGGAACAACUAUGGGCCCCGUCACAACACCCAAUGGUAUUGUCAAGGCAGAGGCGCAGGUGGCCGAUGCUGUGGCCAAAGGUGCCAAGAUUGCUCUUGGUACGGGCAAGGGCAACGUCAAAGAGGGUGCUGGUAAGGGCCAGGGCGUAUCAGGAUACUUUAUGGAGCCGGUGAUCCUGACGGGUAUGAACAAGGAUAUGCUGAUGACUCGCGAAGAGACAUUUGCGCCUGUCUGCGGCCUCUACAGCUUCGAGACAGAAGACGAGGUGGUUGCUCUCGCCAACGAUACAAGCAUGGGUCUUGCUAGUUACGCCUUUACCAAGAACAUGGACCGUGUCUUCCGCUUGGCUGAGAACUUGGAGGCGGGCAUGAUUGGCGUCAACACGGGCAACAGCUCGGCUGCUGAGAGCCCCUUUGGCGGUAUCAAGGAGUCGGGAUACGGCAAGGAGAGUGGUAAGGAUGUUGCUGUGGCCGAGUACUUGAUUUCCAAGACGGUCACGAUUACGCUGGAGGACCACUACUAGUGUAAAGAUGUAUAAAAAUAGUAUGACUGUAAUUGAUUGAAGAAUGUUGGUAAAACA